AUGGGAAUUUUUUUCAUUCUCGCAACGAUUGUCCAACAUAACGAUCCCGAUUGGUACUUGUGGGGCACCGUCUACAUUAUACCCGCGAUCAUGUCGUUCAUUCAGGCCUUUGGUCCAUCGAUUGCCGCUCAUUAUGUUUACCAGGCUUUCAUAAGAUCUUGUGGCUUCUUGUAUUCACUUUUGGUUCUAAUCCAUGGAUUUUAUUUCCUAUCCAAUGGCGGUACUUUCAUGGCCUCGGGAUCUUCCGUUCCCUUGAUCGAUCCCUCGGUGGGUGACAUUGAGAAUCGAGAAAGUUUAACCAUCCUGGAGACUGAGGAAGGUAAAGAGUUUCUUGGUUCGUUAAUUGCUCUAAUUUGGAUAAUCAUCUCAAUCUAUUUAACGACUACUUCAACUGUUGGCGAUUCUGCCAUUUCCAGGAGAUUUAAAUUACUCAUUUUCGUCUUUACCAUUUCACCUUUAACCUUAUGGUUUAUCUUAUAUCUUCUUGAGAGUAACAGUUGA